AUGGCGCCAACUACGGGUGUCAUCUCCGACUUGGAGACUAUGGGCGAAAAGGCCGAUAUGUCCCAUGAAGAGGUGGUGCACAUGGCGCAGUUGACGGAUGAUGAAAAAAUCCUUGAGAAGAAGUUGCUGCGACGUAUUGAUUCGCUUAUCAUGCCGCUGGUCGUGCUGGUUUAUUUGUUGAAUUAUAUUGAUCGAAACAACUACGCUGCUGCGAAACUCCAGGGUCUCACGGAUGAUCUAGGUCUAACGGCUACGCAGUACCAGACUGGUCUAUCGAUUCUGUUUGUGGGAUAUAUCUUGAUGCAAGUGCCGAGUAACUUGAUGUUGAAUUAUAUGGGACGCCCGUCAUUGUAUCUGGGAUUCUUCAUCACAGCCUGGGGACUGGUCUCUGCUCUGACCAGCCAGGUCAAGGGCUACGGCUCGAUUGUGGCAUGCCGUUUUCUGCUCGGCCUGGUUGAGGCCCCAUUCUUCGCCGGCGUCCUAUUCUACCUGUCCAAGUGGUACACGCGAAAGGAAUUGGCCUUCCGCAUGAGUAUCUUCUACUCCGGCUCCCUGCUCAGCGGUGCCUUUGGCAACCUGAUCGCAGCCGGUAUCCUCAAGGGCCUCAAGGGUCAUCGCGGCCUGGCCGCCUGGCAAUGGCUGUACAUCAUUGAAGGAGCUAUCACCAUGUUCGUCGGCAUCGUCAUCUGCUUCAUUCUUCCCGAUUUCCCCGAGACCUGGAAGAUGCUGUCUCCAGAGAUGCGCCGCGUCGCCGAACGCCGUCUGGCUAUUGAAGCCGCCGAGGCCGAUGUUGAUGAGGGAGGCGGCAUGUCCCAACUGAAGGGUCUCAAACUCGCCAUGACCGAUAUCAAGACUUACGUCCUGGCCGUUGCGUACAUGUGUAUUACCGGCUCAGCUGGUUUCCAGAACUUCUUCCCGACACUGACCAAGACGCUGCACUACAACAACACUAUUUCCCUUCUGCUGGUUGCCCCACCAUAUAUCUUCAUGGUGGUGUACAGUCUUGCACACUCGUAUACCUCCGAUAAAAUGGGCGUCCGCUUCUGGUUCUUGGUCUACCCAAUCCCAAUCUCCAUCGUCGGAUUCAUCCUCUUCUCAACAACCACCGGCUUUGCACCCCGCUACAUCUCCCUCUUCCUAAUGAUGUUCGUCUUCGCCCAAAACGGCACCUUGUACUCGUGGAUCGCCAACGCACUGCCCCGUCCCCCUGCCAAGCGUGCCGCCGCCUACGCCUUCAUCAACUCCAUCGGUAACUCGGCCAGUAUCUGGACGCCGUAUACGUACCGAGCCAACGAGUCACCCAAGUUCUGGACUGCGAUGGGAGUUAAUAUUGGUCUGCAGGCGUUGGGUUUGGUUUGUGCGCUGAUCAUGUACUUUAACCUGCGCAUGUUGAAUAAGAGACAGGAGAGGUUGGAGAAUGAGGAUGUGCAGUUGACGGAGAAGGAGUUGCGGCGGUUGCAGGUUACGGCUGAUUUGGAGGGGAUUGAUAUUGCUGCUGCGAGACGUUUGCAGAAAGGUUUCCGGUUUGUGCUGUAA